UUGCAAUAAAUGAAAUGAAAAUUAAUGAAUGCAAUUCAGAAAGAUGAAUGGAAAAAUAUUACUAUAGAAGAAGAGCCCAUUGGAUGUGGUACCUUUGGAGAAGUAUAUACGGCUCUCUGGAAAACUGAGAAGGGACCAAAGAUAAUUGCAGUUAAAAGAUAUAGAUCUUAUUAUUCGAUCAAGUCUAAAUUAACAAUUUAUAGUUUACAACUAAAGCAUGAUCAUAUUCUAAAAUUAUAUUGUCUAUCCAUUGAUGACAAUAGAAGACUUAUCGAACUUAUGGAGUAUGCUGAUUGCGGAAAUCUCUAUAGUGCUGUGCAUGAUUGUACAGUGAAUAUUGUUAAUAAUAAAUAUGAAACGUUUUCUUUAAUGUGGAUGUUGCAUUGCGCGAAGGGUCUCAAAUUUCUGCAUGAUCAAAAUAUUAUUCAUCGGGAUAUAAAUACAAGGAAACUGCUUCUUUUUAACAAAUAUCAAACCCUAAAGAUUUCACUAUCUCAAACAGUGAGGACAGAGAGUACAGUAAUGACAGAAAUUGUUGGAACUUUUGUUUAUAUGGCUCCAAAAAUUAUGGAAGGGAUGCAAUACACCAAAAAGUGCGAUUUCUUUAGUUACGGGAUAAUGCUGUGGGAGGUGAUGUCACGAAAGAAACCGUUCUACGAUAUGAGAGAGCAUCAUUCAUUUGCCAUAUGUCGAAAAGUGCUUCAAGGUCUUCGUCCAAAUAUAAAUGAUGUCAUCGAUAUUCAAAAUUCGGAUGAGAUAAAAAUUUUGAUUACAAAAUGCUGGGAUGCGGAUCCACAGAAACGACCUUCUAUGGAGGAAGUAGUCGCAAUUAUGGAAAAAUAUUCUUUUUAUUAUGAGAACGGCAACCAAAUUUUGAAUAUUAUGAAAAAGAUUAUUACAAUCUGCACGUUUAUUUAA